AGAAAUUUUUUUUUAAAAAAAAUUUUUUUUUUUUUGUAUCAUUUCUUCUCUUUUUUUUUCUUUAAAUUCAAAAGUUUUUAUAUAUCCAUCUAAUUAUUUAUUUAUCUAAUUAAUUAUUUAUGUUUUUUUUAUUUCUUUUGAAAAAUUAAAAUUCAUCAUGUUUAUUAAAAAGCUUCCUUAUAUUUGUCAACAAAUGAGAAAGAAGGAAUAUGAUACUUCUUCUUCGAAUGAAAAGAUCUUGAACGAAAAAUUUCUUAAUGAAAAACCUAAAAAUCCUUCAGUAUAUGUUUUUCAAAGAGCUCAAGGUGAUUUCACAUUAGUAUCAAAACACAAAUUUCGAAAAUUUCAAUAUAUACUUCAUCAUACAUGCGCUACGACCACGACCGCAACCACAUGCCACACAAAAAAGUCAUGUGAACAUUUCUUUAAUGAUAAUAUAUUAAAGUCGGAUUUAUAUUACGAUAUUUGUUCUGGUAUAGAAAAUUCUCAAUCAAAAUUAUCUUGUUUCAUUAAAUUCUCGAAAAAUCCCAAUUGUUUUUUAGUCAAAAAAUAUAUUAACAAGGAAUUAAAUUUGGGAUUAUAUGCUCUUAGAGAUAUUUACGAGGGGGAUGAAUUAUCAAUAUGUAAUAAUAUUGAUAAUUUAUUUGAAAUAUUUAAUGAAUUUAAUUUAUUAUUCCCUAAAGAAUUGGACCCUUUUAAAAUAAAUUUUUUACGUUCACUUUAUUUAGAAAAAUUAAUAGAGAAAUUAAAUAUUCAUGAUUUAGAUAAUUUUGAAUUGAAUUCUCUUAAUAUUUCUUUGGAAGAAAGAAAUUUUUUGAAUAAUCAUCCAGAUUUGAUUUCAAUCACUCAAUCACUCGAAUAUUCAAUAUUAUCACAUUUCUCUUCAUCUAAUCUUUACCCUUCAAAAUUAUUAAAUUCAUUAAAAAGUAAAAAUAAUUUAAAUAAAAUUACUUUAGUAUCUCUCACAAAAACCACUUUAAAAUUAUUUAAUUUAAAAAAUGAUUAUUAUAAUCAAAUUUAUUUGAUCCUUUCUUUAGAACAUUUUUCUGUUACACUUUCACAAAAACUUUCCAUGUUAUUAAAUUCUUAUCGUUUAUUCUUACUUUGGAUAAAUUGUGAGCAUAAAUUUACUUAUGCUUCUCGUAUUGAACAAUUUAUCAUUUGUUAUGUAAUUUCUAUUAAUUCUUUGAUGGAAAGUUGGAUUUCAAUUAAUGAUUGGGCUAAAUUAUUAAUAAGUAUUAAUGUUUUAAUAGGGAAUUGUGAUGAUGAUGAUAUAUCAGAAGAAUUGAAAUGUGAGAAAUUUGUUGAAAGGUUCAAAUGUUUACAAUUAAGAUGUUUGGAGUGUGUGGAAUUCAAGUGCAUGGUUACUUUAUGCGCUCAUUAUAAAUUUUUAAGUGAGAUUUGUGAUAAAUUUAAAAUAAACAAAUUAAUCUAAUUUAUUGUAAUUAUUGUAAUCAAUUAUAAUUAAUAUAGUAUAUAAUAUAUAUAUAUAUAUAAUAUUUAUAUUUUGUAUUAAAAUAAAAAAAAUAUAUACAUUUGACAUUAUUUAUUUUAAGCACUGAUGAGAUUAUCUUUUCGUGCACAAUUGGUUGUUUCAACGAUUUUCAUGUUUCAUAUUAAAUAUCGUUAAACGGGAACGGAAUUUGAAUUUAAGCGCUGUUUAAAAAAUCCAUUAUCUGUUAUAUCAGAAGGUAAGUUUAGGUUAUAUCUGAUUUUUUUGUUUAUAUUAGAUACCUUAAUAAUAUCAGUUUUUAAAAUUUACUUGCGGACUUGCAAAUAUUGCAGAAAUUUGUGGAAAUAUCCAAAAAAUUUCCUUGCGAAAUCUACAUAUGUAUUUUUAAAUUUUAUAAGUGGAAAAAAAAAAUCACAUGCGUCCCGCAAGCUCCACAAGUGA